AUGCUGGGUCAGUCCCAGAAGAGCCAACCUCACAGACAAAGGAGACGCUGGAUGUCCAUUGCAUGCAGUCACAGAAAUGCCGUGGGCAGUGGGCACCAAAGGAUUACAGGACAGGGCCUGAGCAUUCACAAGCAUGCCCAGUGGGGCCUGACCCUUAAGGUUGGGGUGCAAAGACUUGCUGGGGCAUUCUUUGCCACGGUCCAGAGGUGGUUUCGGGAGACCCGGAAGUGGCUGGGUGUUGUCUCUACACUGGGACCUGGCUGGGCAGCCGCUUUCACUAUGCCAGGAACAGGACCAGGAUGGGCGGAGGCAUUCACUAUGCCAGGACCAGAAACCAGAUUAGGACAGGCGGCGCCUUUCACACCAGGAACAGAAACUGGACUUCUGCAUCUUGCUUCAACAACUGCAUGGUUCGGACACACUCCAGGAGACAAGCCUCUUCUCAUUGCCUCUGCAUAUCACUCUGAACCAGUUUUGUAUUACAAACAUUUUAACAAGACUGGACGCCAUAAUGCUGUAAGAAAAGGAAACAACUUUACUCUGAGUAUCUCCAAUGCAGAAUCAUCUGACUCUGCAACACACUACUGUGCUGUUUCAUUUUAUUCACAUAUUGGAUUGAAGGAUUGCACAGUUUUAAAGCUCAAAGGCAAUAAUGCAACUUUGAAGUGCACAGUACUCAUAAAGAGGUGUGCAGGAGAGCACAGUGUCUACUGGUUCAGACAUGGCUCAGGAGAACCUCAUCCAGGAAUCAUUUACACUCAUGGAGACAGGAGUGGUCAGUGUAAAAAGAGCUCUGAGGCUGGCUCUUAUAUACAGAGGUGUGUGUACAUGCUUCCCAAGAAGAACCUCAGUCUCUCUGAUGCUGGAACUUACUACUGUGCUGUGGCUGAAUGUGGAGAGAUAAUCUUUGGCAAUGGAACUAAAUUAAACUUUGCAGAUAAAAACUAA